UAUGGCGUAAGGAGCACAUUAUUGGACAAAGAGAUGAAACUGUCGUCCGACAGCCUUUGCUGCUUGAUCAUCCUGUCGUGGUUUCGGAACUGUCACACAGCAUCGUGCUUCAUCGAGAUGCCCGUGAGCGAGAUCGUACACUCAUAUACGUCGGUGCAGCGGACUACGAUGAGGCGUACCUCGACCGCAGCGGCGUUCUUUCGCGGUACCGCCAUGCGUGGUUCUUUGAGGCAGAUCCAGUAGCGUUUGAAAAACUCAGUCAAAACGUAAAUCGCUACGGGAAGCACGACUAUGUGGGACGACUGCGGAAGCAACAUCAACAGAGUGGGCAAUUACAC